AUGGUGAAAUUAACGAGCGCUUUCGCUGUGUUGCUGCAGGUCGUAUCCGUUCUGCAUCAUGCCGAUGCAUCACCGACCCCAUCGCUAAUAGCCGCAAAGUCCGAUGUUUCUGUCAAAGUGCGCGGACAGACGUUCGUCAACAAGGGAAUCGUAGGCUUCGGCCUCAUCCCUUCGGACUUUAGGGAGUCAACAGGAGACACUCUCGGUGGAAUAGGUAGUGCCAUGACACUCAAAUUGGGAACCUGGGCGAAGACCUCGUCGGGGACCUAUACUGGUACCCUGGUGAUGCACCCUGAUCGCGGAUUUAACGUAGACGGAACCGUCGACGUUCAAGGUCGGCGACACGAAAUUGAUUUCGUAUUGACGCCCUAUACCGACAAGAAGAAGCUUAGCUUCAAAGACGCACAGAAAACGCUGCAACUCACGUACCGAAGGACUAUAUUAGAGACAGAAAGGGGAGAUGCGCCGACCAGCGGACUCGACCCUUUGGCCGUCCGGCUGCCACAGAGUGGUUUCCCGAGCGUUGCCACUGCUGACCCCGAAAUGCCAAUUGCGAGCAAUGCUGAGCCUCAUCUAACGGUAGAUGCUGAAGGGAUAGUAGCUAAUGCUGAUGGAUCAUUCUGGGUCAGCGAUGAAUAUGGGCCAUAUAUUUAUCGAUUCUCCAGCGAAGGCAAACUCCUACAAACGAUUCAACCUCCUGAAGCCAUUCUUCCCCAUGACGCCGCUGGUACACUAAACUUCACUGCAGACACCGACCCGGCAACAGGAAGAACGAGCAAUCAAGGCUUUGAGGGUUUAACACUGGACACCACGUCUUCGACCCUAUAUGCAAUGCUUCAGACUGCGACAAUCCAAGAUGGCGGCGCCGACAAAACUACAUCUCGAUUCACGCGGCUGUUUGCUUUUGAUGUAUUAUCACCUACCGCUCGUCCAUCGCUGAUCGGAGAGUGGGUAGUUCCCCUUCCACAAAGCAAGAACGAUAAAACUAGAGGGUGCAGCGAGAUCAUCUUCGUUGGCCCUAAUCUGUUCUUGGCCCUUGCUCGGGACGGCAAUGGUCGAGGAGAUGACGACAUCGAUGCUUCGUAUAAACACGCGGAUUUGGUAGACAUCUCCCAGGCCACCAACAUACGCGGGUCUAAGUUCGACGAUCCAGUUAACCCGGUUGCACCAGGCGGGAAGCUCGACAAGAGCGUUACUCCUGCAGCACUGACAGAGUUCGUGGAUUUCAUCGAUAAAGACCAGCUUGCUAGAUUCGGCUUGCAUACUGGUGAACCGAAUGACGAAACGCUGAUUGACGCGAAAUGGGAGUCAUUUACGCUUGCUCCUGUCGAUGACCCUGCCUUCCCCAACGACUACUUCCUAUUCAUUGCUUCCGAUAAUGAUUACAUCAGUACUCAUGGAAUAUCCCUUGGCCAACCCUUCAAUGCUGGAUUGGACGUCGACAACCAAUGGAUCGUAGUCCGAGUAACAUUACCUACCAUAGCGCCUUGCAGCGUUCAUAAUGCAAUAGGUGUAGCCUGCUGA